AGAGAGAGAGAGAGAGAGAGAGAGAGAGAGAGAGAGAGAGAGAGAGAGAGAGAGAGAGAGAGAAAGCAUUCGCCAAUCAUCCAACGGCCCCGGUACCUCACAACGCGGAAACGCCGCGGGCAUGAACAUCGCUGCAGCAGUGACGGCAUAAUACAAGGCAACUGAGCGAGCAGCAGUGUGUAUUCGCUUCGGACUGAGCGACAGCAACAGGCAAACCAACCAGCCAACCAUAUAACAUCAACUCUGGGACUUUGCAACUCGGAUUUGACCGAGAGGCCUUCCACAGAUCAUCACCCUUCACUUGUCUUCCCUCUUCACCACAUCAUCAUAACACAUCUACCUACAAAAUGGCUUCGAUAGACCAGUCAUAUACCAUGCUCCCCAGGCACUUGAGCCCCCAGCACCACGACGACUACAUUCUUUACCCCGAGCCACCACAGGGAGUCUUCAGCACAGCACCCAUGGAGAUGAGCAUCCCUGCCGACGCCUCUUACAUGUUCCCAACCUCCAUGGCAAUGGAUCACCAGCCCGCCCUCUACGACAACAACUUUAUGUACCAAGGACGCACAUCACCUGGCCUCUACGAGGACGCCGAGUUCCAAUUGCCUUCUUCCAACCUUUCCACCGCAUCAGCACCAUCGGCGGCCUCCUCCAACGUAGGCUCGCCCCAAUCCCACAACGACCAGCCGGCGCCAAUCCUCGACUGGGCGCACCCCGGCAUCGCUGUGACCCCGGGCAUCGUGCCCCACGACUACUACAACACCGCCGGCACAGAGUACUCGACCUACGCCGGCCCAGGUAUGGAAGACUUUGCAACUUUCGAAUUUGCAAACACCAAGCCCCCGGGUUUCGUGGGUGAGUUGCCAAACGCUUCUAGAACCACUCUUGCGCCCUCAUCUCGCGCGCUUUCUUCUUUUCCUUCUGCUUCACACGAGUCAAUUGGCUCUCCGUCUUCCAGUACAGCUAUAGCUUCAGCUGUGCGUGUGCGUGUGCGCGACUCGGGCCCAGUGCUGGAUACUCACUCGUCCUCCUCCUCCCCUGUCACGCCCGCAUCGCGCAAGUCAAGCUUGUCCUUUGUCUCUCCUAGCUCUACUUCCUUCUCUUCUCCUCCGGCGCCCGUCUGGGGCCACUCGCCAAAGACUCCUCGAGUCUCUACUUUCUUUUCUCAGAGCAGCGGCCAUUUCAUCGCUCCUCUUGGUUCUUCUUGUUGGUUUUCCUCUGUCAAGCAGCAGCAUAAUCCUUAUCGCGGAACGCCCGCUGACCACCUCUCCGCUCCAGACCCUUCUUUGAUCCACCCCGACAUCAGCCGACCCAUGAUGGCCAACUUCCAGAACCCCAACCAGUAUCCCACCUCGCCUGCUCUCUCGCCCUCAUCACAGUCAAUGUCAAUGGUUCGCAACGGCAGUCAAUCGCCCUUCCUCCACAGCGGCUUUCAACAGCAGCAGCAAUUCAGCCCUUACGCUACUCCCGGCGACGCCCGCCGCCCCAGCCUUCACUCAUUCCCCUCAACCUACUCUGACGGCAACAACUACAGCGGCGAUGAGGGCAAGGAGAAGCAAAGAUGCCCCCAUCCCGAGUGCGGCAAGGUCUUCAAGGACCUCAAGGCGCACAUGCUCACCCACCAGACUGAGCGGCCCGAAAAGUGCCCCAUUGUGACUUGCGACUACCACGUCAAGGGAUUCGCUCGCAAGUACGACAAGAACCGCCACACCCUGACACACUACAAGGGAACCAUGGUGUGCGGCUUCUGCCCCGGCUCCGGUUCGGCGGCUGAGAAGUCGUUCAACCGCGCCGAUGUCUUCAAGCGUCACUUGACAGCUGUUCAUGGCGUCGAGCAGACACCACCCAACAGUCGCAAGAAGAGCAGCAGCGCCAACAGCGGCAAGAAGCUCGCGGGAUACCCUCCCGAUGCCACUGGCAAGUGUUCCACUUGCUCGCAGACCUUCUCCAACGCUCAGGACUUUUACGAGCACUUGGACGACUGUGUGCUGCGCAUUGUGCAGCAGGAGGACCCUUCCGAAGCCAUCAACGCGCAGCGCCUGGCCGAGGUUGAGAACGACAAGGAAGUGCACCAGACGCUGGAGAAGAACCAUCUGCCCACGCAGACGCAAAUGCCCUCGAACGAGGAGGUCGACGACGAGGAGAUGAUGGAGGACGAUGAUGAGGAAGACAGCAAGCAGCGCAUCAGCGCGUCGCCCAAGAGGAAGGGCAAUCCGGUCAACGGCGUUCAAAAGUCGCGCGGCCUCACACACUCCCGUGGAGGUGGCCCGAUGCCUGUCAAGGCCAAGGGCCGCAAGAACAGACGCGAUUACCCUUCUUCUUGGGGCUUCGACAAGGGCCAGAUGACGAUGAAGAAGCGGGUGAUGGCAGUGUUUGACGGUCCCCGGCGGCUGGCCAAGGACGACAUGAUGCUGUCGACGGAUCACGAGGUGCGCAUCAAGCUCGCGGACGGUAACAACUACGUGACGGACUUGGACGUGCAGACGCUGAAGCGUGCCGAGGGGUUCCUUGGUGCGACGGAUGAGGAGAAGGGGCCCUGGAUCUCUGACGAUCCGACGGAGGAGCAGCUGCGGGAGAUGCAGGCGAUGCUUGAGAGCUGCCAGACGGCUCAGUAAUGGAAGGUGGCGGGGGACGAAGUCAUUGGGAUGCUACAUUGGUCUCUUUUUUCUUUUUUUUCUUUUUUUUUUUUUCGGCGGGAGCGAUUUGAAGAGCGGCACAAAAAAAAAUCUCUACACUACAUUUUGGUGUUGCAUGGUUUGGCGCAGACUUGUACGGGACUAUAACGAAUGGCUUACGAGGACGGGAGGGACAUGAGGUUCAUGAUUGGACGGAACAAGUUCCAUGUUGUUUUGCACCUUGAAGAAAAAAGGAGCAUUUUGAUUGAUACCCUAUACUAUAUUAUAGCCCAAGGCUUGAUGGUAUAAAACAAGAGAUACUUG